GAAACUUAAUCCCUUUUCUGCCAGGGCAGCGAUCCUCCUGUCUCCGUCCGGGUGGUUCCUUAUUUCUGGCCUAGCUGCGAAACCGGCUCAGUGGGAGAGAGGGAAAACUUAACGUUUGUCCAGAGGACAGACUGCGACCGAACCGGGGAGAGGUGAAAGCCCAGCCUCUGCGGUUCUUAAUGCCUCAGCAGGAUUAUUUUCACUAAAGAUGGAAACACUGGAGUCUGAAUUGACCUGUCCAAUCUGCCUAGAGUUGUUUGAAGACCCCCUUCUUCUCCCUUGUGCUCAUAGCCUCUGCUUCAGCUGUGCCCAUCGAAUCUUGGUCUCGAGCUGCGGCUCUGGUGAAUCCAUUGAACCCAUUACCGCUUUUCAGUGUCCAACGUGCAGGUAUGUUAUCUCGCUGAACCACCGGGGCCUGGACGGCCUCAAGAGGAAUGUGACUCUGCAGAACAUUAUCGAUCGCUUUCAGAAGGCUUCCGUCAGUGGGCCCAAUUCCCCAAGUGAGAGCCGCCGGGAGAGGACUUACAGGCCCAGCACUGCCAUGUCUAGUGAGCGAAUUGCUUGCCAGUUCUGUGAGCAGGACCCGCCAAGGGAUGCAGUGAAAACAUGCAUCACCUGUGAGGUCUCCUACUGUGACCGUUGCCUGCGGGCCACACACCCCAACAAGAAACCUUUCACCAGCCACCGCCUGGUGGAACCAGUGCCAGACACACAUCUUCGAGGGAUCACCUGCCUGGACCAUGAAAAUGAGAAAGUGAACAUGUAUUGUGUAUCUGAUGACCAAUUGAUCUGUGCCUUAUGCAAACUGGUGGGACGUCACCGAGACCAUCAGGUUGCGUCCCUGAAUGACCGAUUUGAGAAACUCAAGCAAACUCUGGAGAUGAACCUCACCAACCUGGUUAAGCGCAACAGUGAACUAGAAAAUCAAAUGGCCAAACUAAUACAGAUCUGCCAGCAAGUUGAGGUGAAUACUGCUAUGCAUGAGGCAAAACUUAUGGAAGAAUGUGACGAGUUGGUAGAGAUCAUCCAGCAGAGGAAGCAAAUGAUUGCUGUCAAAAUCAAAGAGACCAAGGUAAUGAAGCUGAGAAAGUUGGCACAGCAGGUUGCUAAUUGCCGCCAGUGUCUUGAACGGUCAACAGUCCUCAUCAACCAAGCUGAACAUAUCCUGAAAGAAAAUGACCAGGCACGGUUUCUCCAGUCUGCAAAAAAUAUCGCUGAGAGGGUCGCUAUGGCAACAGCAUCUUCUCAAGUUCUGAUUCCAGACAUCAAUUUUAACGAUGCCUUUGAAAACUUUGCUUUAGAUUUUUCCAGAGAAAAGAAACUGCUGGAGGGGCUAGAUUAUUUAACAGCCCCAAACCCACCAUCUAUCCGAGAGGAACUCUGUACUGCCUCCCAUGACACCAUUACAGUCCACUGGAUCUCGGAUGAUGAGUUCAGCAUCAGCUCCUAUGAGCUUCAGUACACCAUAUUCACUGGCCAGGCUAACUUCAUCAGUAAGUCAUGGUGUAGUUGGGGCCUGUGGCCAGAGAUAAGGAAAUGUAAGGAAGCAGUAAGCUGCUCAAGAUUGGCCGGGGCGCCACGAGGCCUGUAUAAUUCAGUGGAUAGCUGGAUGAUUGUGCCCAACAUUAAACAGAACCACUACACAGUGCAUGGACUUCAGAGUGGGACGCGCUACAUCUUCAUUGUUAAAGCCAUAAACCAAGCAGGCAGCCGGAACAGUGAACCUACCCGACUAAAAACAAAUAGCCAACCCUUUAAACUAGAUCCCAAAAUGACUCACAAGAAGUUGAAGAUCUCCAAUGAUGGGUUGCAGAUGGAGAAGGAUGAAAGCUCUCUGAAGAAGAGCCAUACCCCAGAGAGGUUUAGUGGCACAGGGUGCUAUGGGGCAGCAGGAAAUAUAUUCAUUGACAGUGGCUGCCACUACUGGGAGGUGGUCAUGGGUUCCUCAACAUGGUAUGCAAUUGGCAUUGCCUACAAAUCUGCUCCCAAGAAUGAAUGGAUUGGCAAGAAUGCCUCCUCAUGGGUCUUCUCUCGAUGCAAUAGUAACUUCGUAGUGAGACAUAACAACAAAGAAAUGCUGGUGGAUGUGCCCCCACAGUUGAAGCGUCUGGGUGUCCUUCUGGAUUAUGACAACAACAUGCUGUCUUUCUAUGACCCAGCUAACUCUCUCCAUCUUCAUACUUUUGAUGUGACCUUCAUUCUUCCAGUUUGUCCAACAUUUACAAUCUGGAACAAAUCCCUAAUGAUCCUGUCUGGUUUGCCUGCCCCAGAUUUUAUUGAUUACCCUGAGCGGCAGGAAUGCAACUGUAGGCCUCAAGAAUCCCCUUAUGUUUCUGGGAUGAAAGCUUGCCAUUAAGUUUCAAGAGAGCAUAGAAUUCACUGGGUCUACAGUUCAGCGGUUCUUCCCCUCCUAAACCUCAGUUAGUGUCCAAUAUACAAGAUAAAAAAUAAAGUUCAUCUGAAGCAUCCAAAAUAACUAGGUAUUAUAGAUUUAAUUUUUGUGCACUAAAGCUUGUAUCUGAAUUAAUGUGUUGAGUUUCUCUGAGCAAAUUUUCCAAGUAGUCUGGGGUCAAGCCAUUGGAGGAGAAAUCUAGAGAAUACUUCUCACCACUGGAGAAUUCAAAUUUCCUGAUGAUUUAGGAGUGUAAAUGAUACUGGAAGGAAUUAGGAUAAUUCUAAGUAAAUAAUGUAGAAAGAUGCUCUGAACGAGGGGCUAGCCAGCAGGAAAGGCGUGUGUGGGGUAUCAGCCUCUCUAGUACUGGUCAAUUUGGCCAAGUAGAAUUUUGAAGGAUCGGAUGAUCGCAUAUUAUAUGUAGUUUUUGAUAAAAACCUACCAUCAAGGAUUUAUUGUAAAGUAAAAACACAAAUGUGUAUAUAUAAUAUACAUAAAAUGAAUAAAUAUGUAUUAUAUAUUCAUUUUAUAAUUAUAUAUACAUAAUAAUUUUUUUAUUUGCUCGUUUGAGUGAGAAAUAUACUGGAAGGGAAAAGAAAUUAUAUCGUCCAUUUUUGUCCCCUAAAGGGAACAUCGAAAUCAGGCAACAAUUCCCCCCCUCUCCGUUCAUCCCUCCCAUUCUCCUUCGUGUCACACACAUAUGCAAUAAUGACAUAGAUGGUGGGAAGAGCUCUAAACUGGAGUAGGAAAGAUUGGGGGACAAGACUGCACAUUAGCCACUAGCGCUGGAUAGAAAAUUGAUCCAAUACAAGCAUUAUGUGUAGUGCAGUUUCACUGAGGCUGCCUAAUGGAAGAGGGUCAUCUGAAUUGUUAAAAAUUCUUUACAGAAUAUCUCAAAGAAAUAUAGCUUUAUUACUCUGAAGUACAUACAGUUACUAGAAUUAGGCUAAAAAAAGAGUUGCAUAAUAAUGGAUGUUCUUUAGGAACUUUAUUUACUUAAUCCGUGAGAAUGGAGUGUUAUAGCUGCAACAACUAUUUGCAUAUAAAGGCACUUGUAUUUUCGGAUAAAACACUUCCAAAGUGCUUCAGAAUGCCUGCGAACAGUCUGUUUUCUUAAACAGGUUAAAUAAUCAUUCCUCUUGCAAUCUUGUUUACACUAUCCAUCUGCUUAGCCAACCCUUCAUGGCAAAUGCGGUUUGUCAUCACUGUUGUUGAGGGGCAUCAAGUUUAUGGUCUGUGCUUUUGUCACUUCCACUGCGGAGAUUGGGGAUGUCAGAACCAGAGCUUUCUCCUUCCCAGGAGAAGAGUCUCCAGGCUUCAAGGAGUCUACUUCUUCGGAGCUGUGAAAAGACUACUUUUGUACAAAAUGGUAGCUGUAACAAGCCACCAGAUUGGAGCCUUGAAACAAUGCCAAAACUUCUCCCUUCUUCCUUUCCACUAUCUUGGUGGAUGUUAAUUCAUUAAUUCAUUCAACAAACUACCACAUGCUGGGUACCGCUCUGCUGCCGGAUAUAUUGAUAAAACACAGUCCCUUGCUGUCAAAUGCCUUACAAUCCUGUAGGAGAGACAAAUAAUCUAUAUAACCCCCCUAAAUAACAGCUUUGUAUUGUUUUUUUCACCUAACAUGGAAAGCAAGACUGAUGCAAGUACAGAUGGCAGGCUCAAACUUAGGCAUCUGGUAGCAAAGUCCGCUUUUUUUGUUUUAAAAAACCGUAUGUAAUUUCUGCUGAUUAGGAAAUGAGCAACCUCAGUAAGAUCCAGUAGUGCUGGGAAAUAGCACUUUGGACUAAAAUAAUCCUAGUUCUUCUGCCAUUUACUAGCUGUGGGACUAGGGUAAGUUACUUCACUUCUCUGAGCCUCUGUUUCCUCUUCCGUAAAAUAAUACCUACCUCACAAGGCUGUUGCAAAGAUUUAAAAAGAUAGCACAUGUAAACUGCCUAGCAUAGCACCUGGCAUUUAGUGAAGUGCACAAGGAAUAUUAACCUCCUCUUCCCAGCCCCAGCCCCAUUACACUGUAGUGGUGCUUUACAAUGUAUGCCUUUCAUCUCUAAGUUACUCUGGUCUCUCCUCUAGGGCUUAUCCCCCAGUUUUUAAACACAAGUUAUUCCCCACACCCCUUCCUAAAACCUCUCACUGGCUCCCAUAGCAUUCAGUAGAAGGUCCCAUUUACAUGGGGUUUGGCUUUUCAGGUCCCUCUUGGCUUUCCUAGCUUCACCUUUUGCCAUUUCCCUCCUUACAGUCGUUACUCUGGACAAGGUCAAUUACUCACAUGGGUUGUUCUCUGGGCCUGGAAUGGAGACAUUAUUGACAGUUUUGAUGCCCAGAGUAAACAGGAAUUGUUCUUAAAUUAAGGGAAUAGUGUGAAGAUGCUAUAAAUGCAGAGCACUCCACCUCCGCCUGGACCAAUUUCCUCUACCUGAUCCUCAGCUCUCCCAAGCUAUUCAUUUGUUUUUUGUGCCCUUUAGGUUUUGGUGGCCUGGGACAAAGCUUCAACUUCCCCCACCUUAUUUUUGACUUUAGCCUAGACUACCUUUCCCCACCCUGACCCCUCUCAACCAAAUUAACUCCUGACGCCCUUGCCUGGGGCAUGUUCUCUUCUGAGCUUCUGUGGCACCUUUGAGUGUUCCUCCCUUCUCAGCAAUAAUCACACUGUAUAGCGGUGUUUUUCAGUGUGGUCCUCAGGCCACCUGUUAGAGCCACCUUUGGUGUUUGUUAAAACAGUUUAUUCCUAGACCCCACUCCUGAUCUACUUAAUUAGACUAUUUGGGCACAUAGGUGGAAUUUGACAUUUUCAACAAGUUCCCAGGUGAUUCUGAUGCACACAAAAGUCUAAUGUAUAAUGAUCAUCUUCCCUACUAGACUGUGAAUACCUUGAGGGCAGGGACUGUGUCUUUUGUUGUUGUAUUUUUAAUACUUGGCAUGGUGUGUGGAACAGAGUAGCUGCCUAAUGUUUAUUGAAUGAAUGUAUGAAUGAACGAAUGAAUUAUCAAAAGUUUCCCUGUUGUAGUCUGAUAUCCAUACUGGUGUUUGUUAUUUCCUGGGCAGAAAAGCUUGGUUACUUCUCCAUUUGGGCUAUAUUGAUAUUAUUUUGCAAAUGCCCCGGGACUCAUGCAUAUAAAUGAGUGUUGUCUGCCUCAAAAGCCCUUUGGAAGUUAACUUGGGGAAUUGUCUAGAGCAUGUGGCACCAUUCUUUGCAAAAACUUUUCAGUCUUUUUGAACUUCAUUCUUUGAAGAUGGAUUUAAGUUUUGGUUAUAGCCCCAAAUCACUCAGAGGUUAGCCUACUGAAUAAUGUAGGAAAUUAAACUGGGCUUGAGGUAAGCAAUGAAGUUUCUGAGACAAAUAACGGAAAGUGCUUUUCAAGAAACAACAUGGUGGCAAAGUAUUCAGUGGGGGUGUGGUGAGUCCCAGAUACUUCAAGGCUUUCCUAGAUAAUGGCAAUGCUAGGGACCAUAAGAGAAGCCAUUGACUACCUCUAGCUGAACCCAGUCGGACAAAGGGAAUAGGACCUGUAUUUAACAUCUUCAAGGAAGGUGACUUCUUCAGUUUUCAUUGUUGUUGCCCUACUCAACCUAUUCUCCUACAAUCCUUUCUGCUAGCAAAUUAUUCUUUCUGUCUGCAACUUAUGCUUGUUUCCACUUUUUAUAUUGUCUUACUGAAGAAAGCACAAAAAUAAUCAAAAUAAAGUUAAACCUGUUUUAAGAAUAUGAAAGAAAUUUUAAUGCCACAUUGGAGUUGUGACUACUUGUAAGGAUUCCUGCAUCUGUAUGUGUUUUUAUCAUGUAAUCACAUUGUGUAACUUUGGAUGCAGUGAAAUUCAGAUUUCAACAAAACCACUUAUAUGUUCUUUUCAGCUAAAAAUACACUAGGUGAAUUUUCUAAGCUUCCAUGGUUUACAUAUUUAUAUAUGACUACCUGGAUGGAGCAAUCCAUGGAUGGACUUUUUGAUUAGCUCAAAUAUUUGAUACCCUUUCCUCUACAGAAUAGAGAAUGUGAGGCUGACAGAUAAGAACCACUCCCAUGCUUCUUUCAAUUCCUGAAGCCAAUUGCAGCCUCAGAGCCAUUGGCUGUAUUUGGCCGUGUUAUUACAGGUUGGCCAGUUGACUGCCAUCAGGUCAGGUAAAACUGCCUUUUACAGUCUGGUCGGCCAUCUUCAGACAUAUUCUCUGUUGUUGUUGUUGGCUAGAAUAUUUAUUAGACUAAUGUCGGACUAUUUUUUAUCAAAUAUUUUAACCCAGGCUUGUUUGUACUGGGAGCUCUGGACCAAUAGCGUCUCUUCUAGUGACAGAAAUCUGAGCAUCUGCAGAUUAUUACACAGCCUCAUCCCUCUAAAAUAUCCCAGCCCAUCCAAAAUGCUAUAUUAUGAAUUAAAUAAAUAUAUAUGUAUUCAUGA